AUGUCGGCCCAUGUCUGUCCAGAGUACGAUGACUCGGAUCCGACCCUGAUGCUCUUCACCACUGGCGGUCUCGACGGCAAAAGACACCUGAUCGGAUGGGCUGUCUGUGCUGUCCUGGCCACCCUGUCGACAGCCAUCUCCUUCAUGCUCAUGUAUCGGCAUGCCAAGAACUACACCAAGCCAUCAGAACAGCGCCAUAUCAUGCGAAUCGUCGCCAUGAUCCCCAUUUACGCCAUCUGCUCAGGCCUGUCGUACCGAUUCUACAAGAACGCAUUGUACUUUGAGACAAUCCGCGACUGUUACGAAGCAUUCGUAAUCUACUCCUUCUUUAUCCUUCUCCUCACCUACCUCGGCGACGACAACGAGUCUCAACGGUCAAAGAUUACAGGAUCUGACAGACGGCGACUGCUAUCCCCACUCAACUGCUUCUAUUUCAACCCUUUGCAUGAGAACUUCUUGCACUACAUGAAGCAUGGUAUUCUGCAAUAUGUUGCUAUCAAGCCAUUGUGUACUUUGGCCGCCCUGGUUCUGGAGUAUUAUGGACUUUAUUGUGAGACGGUCCUCUUCUACCAAACCAUCAAGGACGAGAUCCAGGAUCAUGACCCGUUGAUGAAGUUCAUGUGUGUGAAGAUGGUGGUCUUCUUUUGCUACUGGCAAACCUGCCUUUUGAGUCUCAUCGGUACCCUUGGCUGGAUCAUCCCUCAGGACCACUGGACGAUCAUCAAUGUCGAACUCGGAAUCUCCUCCCUCUUGAUUUGCACAGAGAUGGUCGUCUUCUCCAUCCUCCACGUCUACUCCUUCUCCUACCGUCCCUACGUCAUCCCAGGUGUCCAAACACCCGUCUUCAAAUCUCUCCAGGACGGCUUCAACCCCGUCGACAUGAUCCGCGAGAUUAUUUGGGCCUGUACAGAUUUCUGUCUCCUCCUCCAGGGUAAAACGUUACCUGUGAGGGAUGGAAUGUUGAGCGUCAAGUUGAAGCGUGCGCAUACGAUCCGAAUUCGGAAGGUGCAGAGGUUCUUUAAGAGUCGGAAGCCUGCGGCCCCGAUUCAAGUCGAUCCUAGGGUGGAGGAGAUUUAUCAGUCGACAUUGGAGGCUGAGGAGCGUCGUGAGGCUCAAGAGCAGCAGCAGCAGGAGGAUCAGGAAGUCAUGACAGGCCUCUUGAGCCAAACGGAUGGUCUGAACUACCAGUCAACAUCCAGAGUCUAG